AUGUCGUCUAUGAUGUUUCAAUCGAUAUUAAUGAACGAUGAUCCUGAUUCUAACAAAAUUCAAAUAAUUCUGGAUGAGCUUCAUACAUAUUCUCAGAAUGAGAUCAUGAAAGUGAAGAAAAAUUUGGACAUCAUUUAUGGUGCUUAUUCUGAAGAAAAAACGAAUGGAAUAAACCAAAUACAUGAACACUUAAUGAACCACAUUACCGCUUUCUUUGACGAUGUAGUUUUAGAAUCUAACAAGGACAAACAAAAUAUUAUAAAAGAAAUUGAAGAUUUAUUGGUCGAAAAAGAUAUUUUGGAAAAGGAACUUCAGAUGAGCAUUCCUAUUGAUGAUCAUAAUGAUGCUACACCCUUGAUUGAUGUUCAAAUAAAUAUUGAUAAAGCAUUGAAGGGAUGUAGAAAAAUAAAAGAAGAACGUAUGAAAGAGUUAAAAAGACUUCAAGAUGAAGAAAUAAAAGUAUGCAACGUAUUGGGCGAGCAACCAAAAUUUGCGGGCAUUAAAAGUAUGCCCUCUGCAACACAAUUAGAUACUAUUAAACAUCAUUUGGUAGAUUUGAAAAAUACACAGAUUAAACGUCGAGAUAUCUUUGUGGAGCAUAAAGCUAUUGUAGAAUCAUUAAUGGAAUCGUUAGAAGAAACGGCAAUACUGAGUUUUGAUAAAUUGGUUUUGGGUAAUCCGAGCCAGUUUAUAUUAUCUAAGUCAAAUUUAGAUGAACUUCAGAAAUUAAUAAAACGUCUCGAAGAACAGACAGAAAAUCAAAAAUGUGUGUCUAUGGAAUUACGUACAAAACUAAGUUCUUUGUGGGAUAGGCUACAAAUUGAUGUAACCUACAGAGAACAAUUUGUCAGUAACAAAAAAGGUUUCGGCAAGAGAGUAAUACAAGAGUUAAAAGCUGAAGUUGAGAGAUGUGAGACGCUCAAAAAAGAAAACAUCAAACAAUUUAUUGAAAAUCUUCGUUCUGAACUUAAUGACUUAUGGGAUAAAUGUCAUUAUGGUGAGCAUCAAAGGAAAGAAUGCCAAAUAUAUUAUAGCCCUGAAUACAAUGAAGAUGUUAUGGACUUAUUAGAUUUGGAAGUAGAAGCAGCUAAGAAAUUUUAUAAUGAUAACAAAGAGAUUUAUUACUUAAUCGAAGAACGAGAUAAAUUAUGGACUAAAAUGGUCAUGGUGCAAGAACAAGCUAACGACCCCGCUCGCUUGUGGCAAAAUAGAGGUGGCCAACUAUUAAAAGAAGAAAAAGAACGAAAGCUUAUUCAAAAAGAAUUGCCAAAAGUGGACAAACAACUUCGUGGCUUAGUACAGUCUUAUGAACAAAAAAAUGGUUGUAAUUUCUUGUAUAAAGACAAAAGACUGUUGGACAUAAUUGAAACACAGUGGGAUGAAAUGAAAAACAAUAAAAAACCAUCACAGUGUACAAAGUCUAAAACUCAAUUGUUAAAGAAAGUUCAAACGCCACAAGCUUUGGCUAACAACAAAAGAAAGUUAGUCAUAACACCUGGAAGCCAAGCUUGUAAAGUCCGUAAAAUGAGUGUGGACCAUAAAGCUGUUCUGCCUAAUAUAUCACCCAGAAGGGAGUUGUUUCCUAUAAACACAAACAUCGCCUUAUUGGUCCCAUUCAAUUCGACCAAUUUAAAUGACAUUUCGCGAGGAUGCAGUGAUGAAAAUGUGUCUGUAGAAUCCUAUGCGACCUUUCAGGAACACCUUGAAAACCCAAAACAAAUGUUGUUAAGUCCGACUUCAAAGCAUAUCCUGAAAGAGUCAAACGCCCGAUAUACUCCUCGAAAACCCAUUCUGCGAACCAACCAAGCUUACUCGAACUAUAAAUAA